CGAUGGCCUGGCUGCUCCGCAUCGCCUGCAUCCUGGUCUGCUGCCCCGAGCUGCUGCAGGGCAAAGCCUCAGAGUAUCAGCUGGAGGCCGACGCUCUGAGCCAAUGUGAGCUCCUAAGAGGCUCGGCUGUGGACAAGCAACAAGGAGACGUCCCUCACUGCACCCAGGAUGGAAAGUUCAGACCUGUGCAGUGUAGUGGGCGGAGUCACGAGUGUUGGUGCGUUGAUGCUGAAGGUCAGGAGGUCAUCGGGACUCGAACCAACAACUCUGCUCCUCACUGUCCGUCCUCCUGCCAGCUCCAGUCCGUCCUGAAGUGUUCUCCUUCAGGCCUCUUUGAGUCUGUUCAGUGUGACUCCAGCAGGGGGCAGUGUUGGUGCGUGGACCAGGACGGUAUGGAGCUCUACGGGACCCGACAGCGCGGGAGGCCUCAGCGCUGUCCUGGCAGCUGUGAGGUGAGGACGAGGCGUCUCCUUCACGCCGCCGACUCUGCGUCUCCUCCUCAGUGCGAUGACGAUGGCGCAUUCCUCCCUGUUCAGUGUAAAUUCAUCAACACCACCGACCAAUCAGAGCUGGACCUGCUGCACACCUUCAACAGGUUUCCUGAGGCCUUCCAGACCUUCACUGGUUUCAGGAAGUUUUUCCCGCUGGUUUCCUCGUACUGUUUCUGUUCAGACAGCAGAGGCCGAGAGAUACAGGACACAGGGGCGGAGCUCCUGCUGACGGAGGUGUAUGACUCCGCCUUCUCUGGUCCUCCCUCUCGCGGCUCCUUCUCUCAGACCAACGUGUACAGGGUUCUCCAGAGGAGGAUGCUGGGAGUCCGCCUCGCCACCACCGGACACUUCAGAUGUCCGUCCCCCUGUGAGGAGGAGCGGAGGGCGGCGGAGGAGGCGUCCAGCAUCUUCAUCCCGUCCUGUGACUCCAGAGGAGCCUUCACCUCCACCCAGUGUCAGAGGGGGGGGCAGUGCUGGUGCGUAGACCCCACGGGGACAGAGCUUCCUGGGACACGGCAGCAGGGAGACGCCUCCUGUGGAGCUGGUGACUGCCUCUCUCAGCGCCGUCUGGCUCUUUCUCGUCUUUUCUCUGGUCCUGUUGAUCCUCCUCUCCAGACCUCCUCUGCCAGGUCCUCCUGUCUCUCCCUCCUCCGUCCUCUCCAGGACCUCCUGCCGGUGGAGGAGGACGCCACCUCCUUCCUGUCUGACCUCACCGAGGUCCUCCACGGCCUCUUCCCGUCGGUGGGCGGAGCUCUUCAGGCCCUGACCUCCUCCUCGCCCCGUCGCCUCCAGGAGAACCUGUUUGGAGGGAAGUUCCUGAAGAACGCUGCAGCGCUGAACUUCAGUGGGGCUGUGGGGGGUCGGGGGGCUCUGGGCGUGGACCGGCUCUCCUCCCACAUGGGUCCUCAGAAGAACCGGGGCCGGGUUCAGUCCGUUAGCAGAGCCUUGGAGGACCCGGCCUUACUGUCCGCCCUCCAGAACACUCUGAUGGGUCUCAGCAGCUCCAGCUCAGCCUCCCUGGACCAGGUUCUGACUCCUCUGCUUCGUUCCUGCUCUGACGAGGAUGAUGAUGAUGACGGAGCCAUCUUUGUUCCCAGCUGUACGUCCAGCGGUGGCUUCCAGCAGGUCCAGUGUCGGGGGGGUGAGUGCUGGUGCGUGGACUCUGGCGGUCGAGAGGUGUCGGGGUCACGGGUCGCUGGGCGUCGGCCUCGUUGUCCGUCCCGCUGUGAGGAAGAUCGAGCGAUGGCGCUGAAGGUGAAAUCAAACAUGGCCGCCGGCGCCGAAAUCCACGUCCCGGCGUGUUCAGAGGAUGGAGACUUCCUGCCGCUGCAAUGCGUCGGAUCUCGCUGCUUCUGCGCCGACACAGAGGGGAAAACAAUGAUUAUGACCCCCGGGUCAACAGGAGGCGCUGUCACAUGUCCAGAGAAAACGAAACAGAAGCUUCAGACGUCGGCAGGAAGCUGCUCGGUGGCGUUGGCCGAGGUCACAGCCUUCAGACAGGAAGUGAAGAGCAUCCUCACGCUGUCUAACUCCUCCCACUUUCCUCUGGGAUACGGAUUCCUAUUGGCUGAAGGUCUGCGUCUGACCCCUGAGGAGCUCCAGGUCAGCCAAUCAGAGCAGGAGCUGCAGGUCUCUGAUUGGCUGCUGAGUCGUUCCAAAGCUGCUAUACGAUUGGCUGCUUCCUCGACUCUUCAGAUGUCGCUGCCUCCCGGUCGACUCUCGUACCAGCCCUUCUCUCCACAGUGCGGCGCUGACGGACGCUGGCUUCACACUCAGUGUUACCACAGCACAGGUCAGUGUUGGUGCGUCGAUGAAGACGGAGAAUACAUCGCCAACUCGCUGAAGAGUCGCUCUCUCAGCCUGCCCACCUGUCUGACUCGCUGUCAAAGAGCUGAGGCUCGUUUUCUGCUCUCUGGUUGGACGAAAGGCUCUGACAUCACCAACUCCCUUUACCAACCCCAGUGUGAUCAGGACGGUCGGUUCUCGGUGCUGCAGACAGGAGGCGCUGCAGGCUGGUGCGUGAACCCUCUGACCGGAGAGACGAUACAAACAGCAACGCGGGACGCGGCCGGGCAGCUGACAUGUCCCAGCUGGUGUGAGCUGCAGAGUCUCCAGUGUCGACCCGACGGCACCUUCAACCCUCUCCAGUGCGACGUCACUUCCUGUUGGUGCGUGUCUGAGGAUGGACAGGAAGUGGGCGGGACCAGAACACUAAGACAAACGGGACGUACGCCGUCAUGUGACCGUCCUCUCUGCCCCGCCCCCCCCGUUACCCAUGGUGCUUUGGUCUGCCGCCCCGCCCCUGAUGGACGCCAGAGCUGUGACCUGGUCUGUCACCACGGUUACCACAACUCACUUCCUGUUAGCAGCUUCCUGUGUGAGACGGGGAGUCGCCGAUGGGUCGGAGACAACAAACCUCUAAGUGGAGCCUGUCAGAUCUCUCAGCCUCCACAGUCGUUGUCGUCCUCUCAGAUCUGGUCGUUGUCGUCGUCCUGCUCUCAGAUCAGCAGCUUAAAGUCUCUGUUGUUCAACACGAUGACCAGCAGGGGGCUCUGCUCUGCACAGCUCCCCGUGUCUCAGCGCUCGGUGUCGCUGUGUGACGACUCCUCGGUGACUCUGCAGUGUGACAGCGACGACUCUCUGAGGCUAACGCUCCGAUGGACGCUCGCCCUGUCCGACCUCCCGACCUCUGAGCUCCCCGACCUCCACGACAUCGAGCUUUUCCUUAAUGAGUCCAGACUUUUGGAAGGAAUUCAGGGGCUUCUGGGUAAUAUCCGCUCCACGCUCACAUCGGAGCCCAAACUUGUUUCUACGACGACACCGAGAUUUGGCUGUUCCCGUGGCUACCGCUUAGAACGUGACUCUGCAGGUUGUGUCAUUUGUCCUGCCGGCAGUUUCUCCGGAGAGGGGGCGUGUCUCCUGUGUCCUCAGGGAACCUAUCAGGACGAAGAGGGGCGGGACUUCUGCAACAAGUGUCCAAAAGGCUCUUCACCUGUCGGAGCUUCAUCUGUCAGUCAAUGUGAGACCGAGUGUCAGGGGCGGGGCCUGCGCUGUUCACAGCAAGGUGACUUCCUGCCAGCGCAGCCCGACUUCCUGUCCGGAAGGUGGAGGUGUUUCAGCAGCGAGGGGGCGGAGCUUGAGUGGACCAUUAGCGACAAGACUCUCACUGACGACGAGUGCUCAGUUCUCCGCAGGUUUCAGACUGUUCCUGGAUCAGAUCUGAUAGUCGGAGCUGAGGACACCGACGUCCUUCAGACCAUGACCUCCGACCUCAGCACCUGUGUCCAAGCCUGUGCAGCAGAGCCGUCCUGCCACCAUGUGGCGCUGUUCAGCAGACAGACUCAGUGUGAACUGUACAGCACCAACACUCAGAACACACAAUGCAACACCUCGCAGCAGUCCAGUGGCUUUCUGGGUAAUCCUCAGGCCGAGCGCUUUGAUUGGCUGAGCUGUUCUGUGAGGGUGAGGGGCGGGGCUUCGUCAGACCUGCUGGUCAUCAGGAAGAAAGGGGUGGAGUUUUCGUCGCUGCAGCAGCAGCGCAGCUUCGUGAGGAUGAGGAUGAUGAAGGCCCUCUCAGGUGUGUUCAGGACUCAGGUGUUCUCCUCGGGGACGACCUCCCUGUCCGACGCCCACCGCUUCUGUCAGGACGGAUGCAGCCGGGACGCCUGCUGCCACGGGUUCAUCCUCAACCAGAACAGCCUGGACGGAGGAUCUCUGCUCUGUGGUUGGCUGAGAGCUCCGUCAGUCUUGACGUGUGGGGACCAGGACUGGGAUGUGACUGGACAGGGAGCAGCCAAUCGUAUCUGUGGGGCGGGGCUUACGUACAACGAACGUCAGCGUAGCUUCGUGUUCGACUUUGGUGGAGAGAAGUUUACGAUCACUGAUUCGGCUCUACCGGCCCACAGCAAGAACAACAAGGACUACCAGGCCUCCAUCAUCAGCUUCCAGGCCGUCUACCUGGACACAGCUUCUUCUUCUUCAUGUGCUGCAGCAGAGAUCCGUCCUCCUCUGGAUGCUUCAGUCCAGAUGAAGUUUGAGUCUCUGACCGACGUGGACGUCCUGGUCGACCCUCAGAGGAAACUCCCCUCUCUCUCUUUCUGGCUCAACAAGAACAACUACAACUCCCAGCAGGCACUGCUCUGGUGUCUCACACGUUGUGAUGAGGAGCCUCAGUGUUCGCUCGCUGACCUCAGAGACACCGACUCAUCCGGUUUCUUCAGCUGCUCGUUGUUUCCCGACAGCCGAGUCUGUGGCGCCUACGAUAAACCUCUGAGACGAGCCUGCCGCCCCCUGCUGGACAGGAUGCCCAACAACACCUACAGCAAGAAAGUGGAUCUCUCUGGACCUGUGAAGAGUUUCUAUGAGCGAGUUUCCUUCCAGAAGAUGGUUUCAUAUUCUGUUCGUAACCGAGUCAGUCUGAGAGGAAACGCACUGCUGCCUGAGGGCUUCAGGGAGUGUGAGCGUCGUUGUGAUGAGGAUCCUUGUUGCCGUGGUAUCGGCUUCGUCCGUGACACCAAAUCACCAGGAAGCUCAGACGUGGUGUGUCUCUCUCUGAUCAGCCUCGGGGUUCAGACCUGCAGUGAAGACGACUCGACCUCCUGGAGGACUCAGGACUGUCGCCCGUCCGUGGUGAAGACGACACCAGAACCCUUCGGCUGGUACCAGAAACCUGUGAAUCAGUGGAGUUCAUCUCCUGCGCUCUGUCCUCCAUUCACCCUGCCCCCGACCAAAAACAACGUGUCGAUGGACGAGUGGCGUCUCCUCUCCGACUCCUCCUUCCUGAUCGACCCGUCUCUCUCCACAUACGAUGUCAUCCACGUGAGCCGCGACAUCGCCACCAACCCGGACAAGACCAGGGACUGGUGUCUCCACGCUUGCCAGGAAGCGGAGUCUUGUGUUGCCGUGUCACUCAGGGAGGCGGAGUCUGCCACUCGCUGCGUCCUCUACCCAGACACCACAGCCUGUGGGCUAAGCUCCGCCCCUUCCUGCCGACUGGUUGUCAGAGAGCCCGCCCAACAGGUGUACCUGAGGACAGAGCGGAUCCCGGCGCUGACGUCCGUCUCCAUCCCCGGUCAUGGGGUCCUGAAGGGCGUUGCCGUGGAAACAGCGCUGGGACCAGACAGGAAGUCUGUCGUUCAGUUCCUCGGGGUCCCAUACGCCCGACCACCAACCGGAUCGCUCCGCUUUGAAGCAGCUCAGCCGGCUGAUUGGACGGGAACCUGGGACGCCACCAGACCACGUCCCAGUUGUGUCCAGCCCGGCGAUGAAGAGUCUUCAGGGUCCAGUGAGGACUGUCUCUACCUGAACAUCUUCGCUCCAGCUUCACUGAGGGCAGCUGUUCCAGUCCUCGUUUUCUUCUUCAACCCUUCGGCCAAUCAGAACCCAGGACUCUUGGAUGGCUCCGCCCUGGCCGCGGUUGGUAAUGUCGUCGUGGUAACAGCCAGCUACAGGACGGCGGCGCUGGGAUUCCUGAGCACAGGUGCGUCUGGUCUCCGUGGUAACUACGGCCUGUCAGAUCAGGAGGCGGUGCUUCGCUGGGUCCACGCCCACAUCUCCCUGGUGGGCGGAGACAACAUGAGAGUGACGGUGGGGGCGGAGCGUCGCGGUGCUGACAUCGCCAGCCUUCACCUCCUCUCCUCUUCCUUGUCUCCUCCUCUCUUCCAAAGGAUGAUUCUGAUGGGUGGUUCUGUGUUUUCUCCAUCACUGGUUCAGACUCCCUCAACCUCCAGACUCCAGGCGCUUGCUCUGGCCAAAGAGCUCGGCUGUAUGACCUCCGAUCUCGCCGAUGACAACAAGAUGGCCGCCUGCCUCAGAGCGACCCCUGUCCAGAAGCUGAACGCCGCUCAGACCAAGCUGCUGGCGGUCAGCGGCCCAUUUCAGUCCUGGGCCCCGGUCCGUCAGCCCGCCCCUCAGUCGUCCUUCCACGGAGUUGACCUGCUGCUGGGAACCUCAGACCACGACGGCCUGAUCAGCCGGGCUCGCAGGAUAAAGGACUUCGAGGCUCUGCAGGGUCGAGCCGACGGGAAGACGGCGUUCUACGAGGCCCUGAGUCGCUCUCUGGGCGGAGCCUCAGGAAACGAGCUGCUGAAGGAGGCAGCCGGUUGGUUCUACUCUCUGGACCACAGUCCGUCUGCCGCUGGGUACAACCUGUUCUCCAGGGCGCUCAACAACGCCACCAGAGAUCUGUUCAUCAUCUGUCCCACCCUGAAGAUGGCUAGCCACUGGGCUAACAGCAAAGCUAACGUUUUCCUGUACCACCAGCCAGCUUCCAGUGCUCAUGACAGGGCUGAUGUGUUUGUUCCUCUGGAUGUUCAGUUUGUGUUUGGGGUUCCUCAUCGUCCAAUGAGCUCCCAGCGUUUCACCUCAACCGACCGCCGUCUCUCUCUGGCCUUCAUGACCUACGUCUCCAGCUUCGUGCGGACCGGGAACCCAAACCCAUCACGCUCGGUCUCAGAUCUGCCCCGCUGGCAGCCAGUCCUGUCCUCCGAGGCUCCGCCCACCUACCUGCAGUUAAGCCACGCCCUCCGCCAUCGGCAGGGUCUGAGUCAGGGCUCCUGUUCAUUCUGGGGCCAACUGGGAACCAAACUGACCAGCGUGAAAGGUGAGUCGGGGGCGGAUCCUGUCCAGCCUGUGCUCCCCGUGGCCGCCCCUUCCAGCCAAUCACAGACCGAGAAAGACGCCUACAGCUGAGCUAGUGACAUCAUCACCCACUCUGAUGACAUCACACCGCUUCAUCUCCCAUAAUUCUGUUUGAUUCAAACCAUUUUUCUGCCGAUCGAUCUUGUUCCUAAUCAUCAAUAAAAAGCAUCUGAAACCAC